AUGUCAUUCAGAGGAGGAGGAGGACCAGGUACUGGAAAAGUACUAUUGCCGUUUGGUUUGGAUUACGCAGAUGUAGUAAAAUCGUCAGAGGACUCAGAGAAACCUCAAUAUGUUCUACCGGUGAAUGGUGAGCCCUCUGAAAUUGAAUCAUUAGCAGCCAAACAAUCGAUACGAUUUCAAAAACUAGUUUCCGAUGGACCAUUUUACACGGGAAGAGUUGAACCUAACCUAAUCAAGAACAAAGACAGAGAAUCAUCCCGGCGGAACGAGUUGGUUAGUGCAAAUGAGGAUGGUAUUGAGCGAUAUAGUGAUAGAUAUAAAAAAGUGCAGAAGAUUGGUCGAACUAUUGAAGAACAUCCGUAUCAAAUUCAGUUCUUCCCAGAGGAAUUGUAUCCAGUGAUGGGUAUAUCAAACAAAAACAAAAAAAAAUACUUAACAUUAUCAAAAUUUGCAUCUAAUGGAGGGUUACGAGAAUAUUUGAGUGAAGAAAAACAAGAAACAAUUGACGAACAAGCCAAAGUGCAGGCUUUGAAAGAGCAGAUGUUUAAUCAAGCUAAUGUAAAUGAUGAUGGGAAAGAAGCAGGAACAGGAGAGAAAGAGGACGUGCCUAGUGAGGAGGAGGAUAUGGACGAUGAAUUUGAUGACGAGGAUGAAGAUGAUGAUUACAAUGCUGAAAAAUACUUUGAUGAUGGAGAUGACGAUGGAAUGGACGACGCGGGAGAUGAUGAAGCAGCAUUUUAA